AUGAACCCUUGGCUGACCGACGCCUCCUCGAAUCCAAACAAUCAUGUUGGCUUUGGAGGCCCAAUGGAUGCUGGCAUGUCUUUCCUGCAACCUCCUCAGACGAUAAAUCCUUCGCAGUUCCAGAAUCCCGCCUUCCUCAAUGGCGCCGCCCGAACUACCUCGCCUGCCUUCCACAACCCCGUCUAUCAGACGAACCCGGUGAUACCUUCCAAAAGAGCAAGAGAAGAUAGCUUGGCCACCUCGCCGCGGCAGGCGCCUGGUGGCUUACCUGUUUCUAGAUCACAGACUCCGGGACAAGUCCCCUACCCGGGCUUCAAUCCUCAAGCGAACGGCGUACCGGCCAUCUCAAAUGCCCCGACACCCUUUGGCCAUCUCCAGACAACUUCUAACGCCUCUCCGUCUCCUACCAUACAACAGCUGAAUCAUUUCACCUCGACUCAAGCCAAUCAACGCGUCGCAACGGCGUCUCCCAGUCCGUUUUCUCCCCAACAUGCUCCCCCACACGCUUCACCGGCUCCUUCAGACCAUGCGAGUCGCGUUGGCACGCCCCAUGACAAUCCCCAAAACUUCAUGCCAAAUGGCGUUUUCGCGCCGGGGUUUAAUCAACCCCAAUUCGGUCAGAACAUCAGCAAUGGGAUGCCACAAGUAGGGAUGAAUCCCCAGAUGAACAUGGCGGCACAAAAUCCAAGCAUGGCUGCAGCUCAGCGAAACUAUCAAAUGCAUCUUCAGGCUCAGGCGCGUCAGAUGCAGGUGCAAGCGCAGGUGCAAGCGCAAGCGCAAGCGCAAGCUCGUGGGAUGAAUGGUUUGCCUACCAAUCCUAACCAACACGCCACCAACCCCCAGAUGCCGCAAGGAGCACCAGCCGCAUUUCAUCCUGCCAGACCCAACAAUCCCGAAGAUUUUAUCCGGGGCCUGCAACAAUUCAUGGCGGCGCGUAACCGCCAAGUUGAUCUAAACCCGGUAAUAUGUGGUCGGCAACUACCCUUGUUGCGGUUGUAUGCAGCUGUGGUGAAAAAUGGGGGCUCACAAAGGAUAUCAAAGCUAAACCAGUGGGCCGCGGUUGCGCACCAGUUUGGUUUUCCACCGCCACAACAUAUGCAAGCAGCUCAAGAACUCCAGGCGUACUGGAUGAACAAUCUAGCCCCUUAUGAGGCCGCUUGGCAGCUAUCGCAGCAGAAGCAAAAGAUGGCAGCCCAGGCUGCGAUACAAAGCCAAACUCAGAUGUCACCUCCGCGCGAUCAAUCCCAAGAACCUACCCACCAGAGAAGUGCGUCGGCCACCGGACCAGUCGCCCAACAACCGCAGCACCCUACGGCAAACGGAUUUAUGCAACCUCCACACGCCCAAGGACCACCGGAUCCCACAGCAACGCCUCAACACCGUUCUAGCGUGUCACGACAGUUCGAUCCUCAACAGAUGGCUGCCCUGCAGGGCCAAGUUCAGGGACAAACACCCCAAAAGCGACCUCAGACCAGUGCGGGUAAGAUAGCAGAACCCGAGCCUGACACGAACAAGCCUAUGUCAAAACCGAUCGAAGACCCUUUCAAGCCCGAUAUUCUCCCUCAGAGCAGGUUCCACGGACCAAUCAAUGUGGAAGAGAUGUUCAUUAUCGGCCAACACAUUGCUGAAUCCAAACCAUUCGUGCCUUCUAUUCGGGAGCUGGGUGUGAUCGACAUUCACGCUUUGACAAUGGCAAUCAAAUCUGGAAUACACGCGGAGACACGAGUAGCACUGGACACGCUUGUUACACUUUCGAUGGAAUCUGCAUUGCCACUAGCAUUAAGUGAAUGCGAUGACCUUGUUGACACAUUACUGGACUGUGCCCAGGAUCAGGUAUCUUUUCUCAGCGAACACGCCACCGAAGUCUCUGACGAAAUGUUCCUCACUUCGUAUGAAGAUCUCGUCCGGGCUUGUCGCAUCGAGAACGAGUCCUUGCAAGAUGCGCCCGAGUUUGGAACCGUUGCAUACGAUCUCGAACGAGCAGCGGAUCGCUUGAUUUGUAUCACCACCCUGUUGCGCAAUUUCUCCUUUUACGAAGCCAACUUUAUCCCACUUGGUCAGCCAGAGGUUGUCAGGCUACUCAGCACCGUGAUCCGAUACCUCGGCACCACGGAAAUGUUCUUGCGACACAACAGAAAUACCCUGGAUUUCAUGAAAGACGUGGUCAUCUAUUUUAGUAACUUGUCGACCUUGCUUCAGCUCCCCGGGAAAGAAGAAGCCCUCUGUGUCCUCCAUUUCCUUCUCGCAUUCGCACCAACCCCAGCACCUACCUCGAGCGCUACCACCAAGGUCUCUUUCGUCCCGUACGCGCCAACCCUACAUAAAUACAUGCCAUCUGCUGUCGAUAGUCUCGCCAAGCUCCUAGCGCGUGACGAACCCAAUCGGACCUACUACAAGGCCAUCUUUGCAGCCGACGGUCACUCGAGCCCGCCAUACGAGCUAUUGACGAGAGCAUUCGGACUUGCCAUUUCCUCAAUACCAGCAAAUUCCAAUCACACCAGGCCACUCAUCGAGGCACGGAAACCUUUCCUCUUACAAGGAAUGUUAGCAGCAGAAAUAUUGGCGAGUCUUGCGCCAGGUUCGGACCAUCCAUUGGCGCGUUCGUGGCUCGAGUCAGACGAUGGCUUUGCUGGCAAUCUUCUGCGGCUGGUCGGUUUGUUGAGUGCCGAUCGGACGACUCAGACCGCUCCCAGGCACGCACAACCAAACAACCGAAAUAAUGCCUUUGAGCCAGACGCCAACGGUUACGGGGCAAUCGCAAAUCGUGCUAUCGCUGUCCUGAAGACCUUGGUGCAGAAAGCCCGUAGGACUGAUGAAAAUGGCUCGACAAUAGUUCCAUUGGGCAUUAUGCCAAGCAAAGAGAGUCUGCUGGGAGCGAUGAUACAGAAAGAUAUUGAUCCUGGCAUACUGCGGCAGCUUUGCGUCUAUGCUGGUUUAGAGGAUUAG